GUAUAGGUGACCUGUCACCUGAAGAAGUCGGAAGUGUUCCUCCCUCUUUCUCAUUUGUUUUCUGCAAGAAUGAGACGAAAACUCGAAGAACACGAAAGGAAAGUUUAAAUUACGAAGCGAACCUGAGAAUUUAGUUCAUUUUUUUAACGUUGAUGACAGCCGCUCUUCGAAGCGAAUGACUUCGCUGCUUUAAGGAAAACAAACCCAAUAAGGAUUUGGUUUGGGUUAGGUUGAGCGAGCCAAGUAUCAUGGUCCCGAGUGAGCGCACGAACGGAACUGGGGAGUCCAGUCCAGACGCGGAAAACGAUUCGGAGACGGUGAAGACGAUGAAACAUUUCCCACGGUAUGGCUCCAUCGUGGGAGAUACCUGCCCCACUUGUCGCGGCACUGGACGAAUUCCCAGAGGCCAUGAAGACCAACUGGUUGCCGUCAUCCCGUGUAACGAUAAAAGACUCAAACCCAGACGCACGAAGCUGUACGUGUGCCUGUCCAUGGCGCUGUGUCUCUUCCUCAGCUGCCUCAUCCUCUUCUUCCUCUUCCCCCGGAGCGUCACACUGACCCCCGUCUCCGUGCUGUCCGUCAUGGUCUACUUCAAGCCGGACACGGUGCAACUGGAGGUCACGAAUCUCAUCAGAGUCAUCAAUGACAACUUUGUUCCGGUCCAAAUCAUGGAACUGGAUGUGCAGGGUCUGAUCUCCCGCGUUGUGGUGGGCAAAAUCAAGCUGUCCAACCUGUCCGCCAUCCCAUCACGCUCUGAUAAAUCGUACACGUAUCAAAUUGACCUGCCCAUUACUGACAACGGCCUCAGGAUUUAUUGCCAGUCCAGCGUGAUUAAGAUCCACACCUUAUUUCUGGAGCUGCAGAUGACCAUGAACAUUUCCUACUUGUCCCACACGGAGCAGCUGUCCCUGGAGACCUUUGAAUACAUCGACUGUGGCACCAACUCCACCAUGCCACACCCCGUCAGAUGAGCGAGCUCAAGUACUCAAGUGUGUGUGUGUGUGAGUGUGAGACCGCUGAAUAAAUUGUUGUGCGCUGUGUUGAUCACCACUUGUACACAAUCUACGGUAUGUACGGCAAGAUAAACUUUUUUUUUUUCCCUCGUCACGUGGGCUGCGGAGUUGAAGUAACUCUAAAUCAAGUCAUGAUAGUUUGAAACCCCGAGUCAUCAUGAGAUGAUGUCUCGACCAAACAGAUUGCUUGGGUGUCGUGAUUCGGGACGGGGGAGAGAUUUGAUCAACUCAUAAAUGCAACACACCUUUGUGUUGUAAUCAGGAAUUCCUACAACAGGAACAAAAUAAAAAUUAAAAAAGGGAGAACGAGCACAACAUUUACUAAAAGAAAAAAAACAAUCAGAAUAAGUUAGAAAAAAUCCUUUCAAGUAAAAUGAUUUGAAGCGCAGUUUAUGAAUGGUGGCGAGGUUCCCGCUGACCCUGUAGUCCGUCGAUGUCCAAACCUGCAGGUCACCACUUAUUAGUCGGUCGGCCUACUGCUGACAAGCUGUGAUCCUCAGUGGUGGUGGUGGUGGGGGGGGGGGGUGUUACCUCUGCUCUCCACGGCUUUUAUGCAUUUCUCCACAAACUCAUUUGUAAUUAGACAGGACUCCCAAUAGUCAUUUCCAACACAGUUAUGUGUGUCGCUGUUCAAUCUGUUUUAUUCACUAAUUAAAUUUCAAGAUUGAAAUA